UUCCUUUUGAUACAAGCAGAUUUCUUCAUUUUCAUUUUUUGGACUGUUAAACGACAGCGUCUCAGGAAAUAAGCCCCUAUGCUACUCGGAAACGCAAUGGCGGGAAAAACCAACUCACAUCUGUUUCCUAGGGUUUAUAUACACCUUUCCUGUUUCUCAAUCCAAACAAGAGAACGAAGGUAAAACCCGAUCAUUUCCAGUCAUCCACUUUCUCGGAUUCCAAACAGAAAAGAAAAGACAAUGCCAACAUACAAGUUGCGGGGAAUCGAUGUUGAUUUUCCGUUCGAAGCCUACGAUUGCCAACUUGUUUACAUGGAGAAAGUUAUUGAAGCCCUCCAAAAGAGGUGUAAUGCACUUUUGGAGAGUCCUACUGGCACUGGGAAAACUUUAUGUCUUCUCUGUGCCGCAUUGGCCUGGAGGAAAAGUUUGGGUGGUUUUUUAACUGGGAGUAGUCAAAAAAAGAGUCAAUCUGAUGUGGGAUCAUCGCAAUCUCAGGCUGGCAACCUUCCAACCAUUGUAUAUACCUCACGUACUCACAGCCAACUGCGGCAAGUUGUUCAAGAGUUGAGAAGAAGCAACUACAGGCCCAAGAUGGUAGUUUUGGGAUCUCGGGAGCAAUUGUGCAUACAUGACGAAGUAAGUUUACUUCGAGGAAAAGCUCAGACAAAUGCUUGCCGUUUCCUUUGCAAAAAGCAUCAGAAGCAUUAUUGCACUCAUUUUUCUCGUGUUGCUGAUUAUAUGAAGAACAAUCCUCAUAUUGGAGAUGAACCUCUUGACAUAGAGGAUUUGGUGAAUAUUGGAAGAAGAUUUGGGCCGUGCCCAUAUUAUGUAUCACGAGAGCUCCACAAAUUUGUUGAUAUUGUAUUUGCACCUUACAACUAUCUUAUAGAUCGUGACUAUAGAAGAUCUCUUAACCUUGAGUGGGAGAACAGCAUACUGAUAUUUGAUGAAGCUCACAACCUUGAAAGCAUAUGUGCUGAUGCAGCCUCUUUUGACUUGUCUUCUGGACUUCUGACAGCAUGCAUUUCUGAAGCGAAAAAUUGUGUUGACCUAGCUGUUGGAAGGCGAGAAGAAUCAAAUGAUAAAUCAAGGAAUCCAGAUAACUUUGCGAUCCUGAGAGCUCUUCUUUUGAAACUUCAGAAGCGAAUUGCUGAAGUGCCCAUUGAAUCCAAGGAACUUGGAUUUACCAAGCCUGGGCCAUACAUUUAUGAACUACUUUCUGAUCUCAAUAUCACGCAUGAAACUGCUUCUAAUCUUAUUGAUAUAAUUGAGGAUGCUGCUGUGCUGCUCGAGGAAGAUAAGCAGCAGGAUGCAAAGGGAAGUGGCUGUAGGCUGGAAAGCAUCAGCAGCAUCCUUAAAAGUAUAUUCAGAGAUAAGGGCAAUGGUCAUGCUCAUUGUUAUCGUGUUCAUGUGCGAGAGGAUGAGGUGAAUGCUACAGAUAUCUUCAAAGGUAAGUCAUCCAGGACACUCAGCUGGUGGUGCUUCAAUCCAGGAAUUGCUAUGCAAGAGUUCUCCAAAAUGGGUGUUGGAUCUAUUGUAUUAACAUCUGGUACAUUAUCUCCGUUGGAUUCAUUUGCACAAGAAUUGAAAUUAGAUUUUCCUGUUCGGUUGGAAAAUCCUCAUGUGAUAUCCUCAAAUCAGAUAUGGGCUGGAGUUGUCCCACUUGGUCCAUCAGGUCGCCCCUUCAAUUCAUCUUACCAGAAUCGUGAUUCUCCAGAAUACAAACAAGAACUUGGGAAUGCUAUUGUCAAUUUUGCUCGAAUUGUACCUGAUGGACUGCUUGUAUUCUUUCCAUCUUACUACCUUUUGGACCAGUGCAUUAGUUGUUGGAAGAACAUGGGUAACGGAAAUUCAAGUACCAUAUGGGAAAGAAUAUGCAAAUUUAAGAAGCCUGUUAUUGAACCUAGACAAUCUUCCCUGUUUCCUCUGGCAAUUGAGGACUAUAUGACUAAACUGAAGGACACCUCCACUUCUGGAGCAGUAUUUUUUGCUGUUUGUCGUGGCAAGGUCAGUGAAGGAUUAGAUUUUGCUGACCAUGCUGGAAGGGCAGUUGUCAUCACUGGGAUGCCAUUUGCCAAAAGGACCGACCCUAAGGUUCGUCUCAAACGUGAGUACUUGAACCUACAGGCACAAUCACCCAGUGAAGGAUGUAAGAUGCUUAAGUUGUUAACUGGAGAAGAGUGGUACAAUCAACAAGCAUUAAGAGCUGUAAAUCAGGCCAUCGGACGUGUUAUUCGUCACCGUCAUGAUUAUGGAGCGAUCAUCUUUUGUGAUGAGAGGUUUGCUCAACCAAGUCGUCAGUCUCAAAUAUCACUUUGGAUACAGCCUCAUAUUAAGUGUUACACCAAAUUCGGGGAUGUUGUUUUUACGCUGACUCAUUUUUUCCGAGAUGGAGUAAGCUAUAGUCCUGCAAAGCCAAAACUAGCAGGCCAGGAAAGCAUGGACCUUAGUCCAAGUUCUGCUACAAAAUCAGUUUCGGAUGAGGGCAUCAAGGAAUCUUCAGCAGGAAACAGAAGGGAGAUCAAAACUGCUCAGCCUCUGGACGAAUCUUACCUGGAAAGGUUCCCUGCUUUGUCUACAUCAAUGGAUCAACCUCGCUCCAAAGACAAAUUAUCUUCUCUUUUAGAAGUUAAAAGCAGCAACAACUCACACCAGCUCAGAGAUAUUCUUCCUGCCAAUCUCUCAUGUUUCACUCCUAUGGACAUGAAAAAGUUGAAGAGAUCAAGUAAUCUAAUGGUCAAUGAGAAAAAGUUGUCAAUUACUGGGAGGGGAAAAAUGCAAUAUCAGAAUCAUGAUGUAACUGAUUUGACUGGUGAUCUUUUAUUGGAAAGACAACAACGUAAAGAGCAACAGUUACCAUCUUGUUCUGUGAAGAAACGCAAAGUACUACUUAUAGAGCAUGACUCUUUGCAGCAUGAUAAAAGUUCCAAUGAUUAUGCAUCAGAUGCCCAAAGAUCAGAGACAAGUGACCUUCCUUUCAUAGUCAGUUCAAUGAAACAGGACAAUUUACAGAUUUCUGAUACGAGAAGUGUGCUGGAUGGUAAAGUUCAUUUGCUGCAUAAGGACGAUGGAGCUGCAGAGGUGGAUGCUAAGUUUCUCAAUCAGAAAAGCAAAGGUGUUCACUUAAAUGCUGAAUCACAUGGUGCCAAGGAAACAAAAGGUUCUGCUUUUCUGAUUCAGGUGAAAGAGAAACUUAGUCCUGCAGAAUAUAAAGAAUUUGUGGGGUUUAUGAAGGCAAUGAAGUCCAAAGUGAUGAACAUUGGAAACAUCAUUCAAUGCAUUGUGGGAUUAUUUUCAGGACCAGAGAGGCUUCCACUUCUUGAAAGAUUCAAGGAUUUUUUGCCUGCGAAGUAUCAUUCUUUAUAUGAGCAGUACCUUGAAACAAGUAAAGAAAAUGUCUGACAAUCAAAUGAACGAAACUUAUCUUGUCCUA